AUGUUUACUGCUUACUCCCCCAUUGGAGGGACGGCAGAGGAAGGCCCGAGAGCCCGAAGCCGGGGGCAGAAAGAGAGAGCGGAAGACAGAGAGACGGUGGGAACCGGGGCCCUCGGCUACAUCUGGUCCCACACCAAGUACCUGGAGCUGUUUCUGGUGGUCGACAACAGGCGCUUCCUAAUGUGGAACAGCAACGUGACCAAGGCGGUCCGCACGGUGAUGGACGCCCUCGCCCACGUUAACACCUACAGCCGGGCACUCCGGGUCAGGGUGGUCCUGGUCGGCCUGGAGAUCUGGACGGAGCGGGACCGGGUGAGGGUGUCUGGGGACCUGGGGGAAGUCCUGCGGGCCUUCAACCGCUGGCGGGAAGGGGAGCUGGCCGGGCGGGCGAGGCACGACGCGGCCCACCUCGUCGUGGGCUCCGAUCCGGGGGAGCGCGCGGGGGCAGCAUUUCUCGGCGGGGCCUGCGUGCCCGGGCGCGCGGCAGGAGUCGAGGCUUUCUCGCACGAAGAUCCCGCCGCCUUCGCGGCGCUGCUGGCCCACGAGCUGGGCCACAACCUGGGCAUGAGGCACGACCACGCGGCCUGCCUCUGCCCGGACCGGCCCUCCUGCCUCAUGGGGGACCCGGUGAGCCUGCAGGGCAGUUUCAGCAACUGCAGCUUGGGGGAUCUCUACGCCUUUGUGCGCCCCCCGCACGGCUCCUGCCUCUACGACAAGCCCGCGGCCCGGCCGGUGCCCAGGAAGCCCAGGUGCGGGGACGGCGUGGUGGACGCAGGGGAGGAGUGUGACUGCGGCGAUCCCGGCGCCUGCCCGGAGGAGGCCUGCUGCCUGCCCUCGUGCCAGAGGCGGCCGGGCUCCGCCUGCGCCUCCGGGCCCUGCUGCAGCGAGUGCAGGCUGCUGGAGGCCGCCACGCCCUGCCGCCCCAGCGUGGACGAGUGUGACCUCCCCGAGUACUGCGACGGCGCGUCCCCGCGCUGCCCGCCCGACAGCUACAAGCAAGACGGCGCCCCCUGCCGGGCCGAGGGCCGCUGCUACCGCGGCCGCUGCCGGAGCCUGCGCAGCCAGUGCGAGGCGCUGUUCGGGGCGGGCUCCCGAGCGGCCCCGCCCAGCUGCUACCGCCACCUGAACACGCGGGGGGACCGCUUCGGGAACUGCGGCCGCGGCCAGCCCGGCUUACUUCAGGCCUUCGUGGGCUGCGAGCCCCAGCACGUCCUGUGCGGGAAGCUGCUGUGUGAGCACGUGCGCAGGCUGCCCCGGAUGCGGAAGCACCACACCCUGAUCCAGGUGCCCCUGGGGGACGCGUGGUGCUGGGCGGCAGACCUCUUCGAGGAGGCGGCUGAGCCCGAGGGAGGGGCCGUGCAGGCGGGCACCUGGUGCGGCCCCCGCCAGGUCUGUGUGAACCACACGUGCUCCGACGUGGGGGGGCCGCGGGCCGAGUGCGAGCCCGAGACCACGUGUCACGGCCGAGGGGUCUGCAACAACCUGCAGCAUUGCCACUGUGACGCCGGCUACGCUCCUCCCGCGUGCGAGGCCGAGGGCCCGGGGGGCAGCGUGGACAGCGGCCCCGCUCUGAAGGACAGGCCCCAUUCUCUCAAGCUACUUCCCUUCUCUCAGCAGUCCCAAGCCACUCUACUCGCUAACAACCCACCUCCUAGUUUGUCCUCUGCCCGUGUUAGAUAG